ACAAUACAGAAAACUAACUCCAAAUAAGCCUGGCCCAUUCGGUCAGCAUGCCCUACCAACCUGAGGGAUGUGGUGGCUGACAGAUUGGGGGGUUGCAGUCAGGACCAGGCUCAGUCACCCACGUAGCCUAUAGAAGGCGGGCAAGGUGAGGAGAUCAGGCUUACAAAGGCAGUGAUGUAACAGCACUUUGGGGAUGGACCUGGGGAAGCGACAAAGAAAAUAAACUGACGUAGAGGAUCAGGGCAUCCAGCUCAGCUUCUUCAAGCUGCAAAGUGCAGAAUGAAGGUUUCUAGGAUUAUCCUAAGACUCAAGAUGCCUGACACACAGCCAACAGCAAAAACGCAUGAAUCCAUUCCCUUUCCUCCAAGAGGGCUAGUGUGGCAGUGGAUAUCAACUAGAUGGAAGAGAUACUGGGAGAUGACAAUAAAUGUGGCUAAAAUGUGGAUGUGAGGAACUUAAGGGGGAAACAGCCUAAGGAAAAGCUGAGAUUUCAACUUUAAAAGUCAAUCUUAGGUAAAGAAGGUAACACUGAAGUUUAUGACAGGAACGACAACGAAACAGAUUAAAGCGCCCCUGACAGAACCAGGAAUGGAUCUGCUUGAUGUUCCACUUCUUUUAUUCUUCCUGGAUCUUUCCAAGGAGAGAUGCCUAGCCUCUGAGUGCUGAGAGAUUUUUGCUUAAAAACUUCCUCACAAGUUACAGCUUCAGGGCCCACAAAAACAGGCUGAAGUCAGAAGGCAAUUCCUGCGGGUUAACAGUGGACAGUGAAGACCAAGUUGGAGGAACUCCAAGACUGUCUUCAAAGGAAAAGGCAGCCGGGAAGCAGAGAGAAGGCCCUUGGGCCAGGCCACUGAGGGAAGAUCUGGGCCGGGGGAUGGGCCGCCCAACUUGGCCCCUUAAAAUGACCUUUUUUGAGAUAAGAUCUCGCUAUAUUAUCUUCCCUGGCUCCACCUCCAGGGGUCACACAAUUCUCCUGUCUCAGCCUCCCUAGUGGACAGCACUGGAGGCAUUGCGCCAUGCCUCCGCCUAGAAAAUGGCUUUUUCCUGAGACCACAUGCCCAGUUGGCGUCCGGAAAGCAGGAGUUCGGAGUAGGCUGAGGUGUGCACAGGCCAUCCGAGGACGCUUUGGUGUGAAAGAGGACACAGCGCAGUUGCCCUUUCUUCCUCUGAGCUGACUUGUCAGCAAAGAAGUAUGACCCACGCUUGACAUCUGUGUCAGCCUCCUCAAGGCUGAGGGAUCUUCUCCUUAGAAGGCAUCGGUACUAUGCGUGUUAUGAAUUGUGUCUCCUUGGCCAGUGAUAAAGGAAAUGGGACUAUUGCCACCUCAGCUGGCUUCAUGAUCGGGCAGACGCCACCCCCAGCUCCUCCGACUCUUUCGACUCCUCCACCCCCUCCCCCUCUGCCAUGUCCUCUCUCUGGGGGAGCCCUUUCCUCCCCCUCCCCUCCCCCACCCCCACCACCUCCCGGACCCCCUCUCGCUCCUCACCCCCAAAGCUUCAGCUCCCUGGGGAAGAAGAAGCGGAUGAGGAGCUUUUUUUGGAAUACCAUUCCGGAGGAGCAAGUUCGAGGCAAGGCCAACAUCUGGACCCUGGCUGCUGGGGAGCAGCAUCACUUCCAGAUCGACACGAAGACCAUAGAGGAGCUCUUCGGGCAGCAAGAAGACACAGCCAAGCCUUCCCUCCCCAAGAGAGGAGGACCCCUGAGCUCAUCCUUCAGGGACACUCGAGAGGAGGUUACCAUCCUGGAUGCAAAACGAAACAUGAACAUUGGGAUAUUUCUUAAACAAUUUAAAAAGUCUCCACAGUCCAUCGUAGAAGAUAUUCGCCAAGGAAGGAGUGAGGAUUAUGAAUCAGAGACGCUGCGAGAAUUUCUUAAGCUUUCGCCCAAGUCAGAAGAGGUGAAGAAGCUGAAAGCCUUCAGCGGCGAUGAGGCCAAGCUCUCCCUGGCAGACUCCUUUCUGCGCUUCUUGAUUCAGGUGCCAAACUAUUCACUUCGGGUUGAAGCCAUGGUGCUAAAGAAGGAGUUUUUGCAUUCCUGUUCUUCUCUACACACCGAUAUGACAGUUUUAAUAAAUGCUACGAAAGAGCUGAUGUCGUGUAAGGCGCUGCAUUCAAUAUUACACUUGGUGCUGCAGGCUGGCAAUAUCAUGAAUGCCGGAGGAUAUGCUGGCAACGCAGUGGGAUUUAAACUGUCUUCUUUGCUCAAACUGGCAGACACUAAAGCAAACAAACCCGGGAUGAACCUUCUGCAUUUUGUUGCACAGGAAGCCCAAAAGAAAGAUGCCAGUCUUCUAAACUUCUCUGAAAAGUUGUACCACGUCCAGGAGGCUUCUAGAUUAUCUCUGGAUAACACAGAGGCAGAGCUGAAGUCGCUGUCUGUCAGGACGAAAUCGCUGGAGGAAAACAUAAAGCGGGAUGGGGAACUUUGUCAGCAGAUGGCUGAUUUCCUGCAGUUUGCCACAGAAAAGCUGACAGAGCUGGAUAGGUGCAGAGAAAAGCUCCAGCGUGAGGCCCACACCCUGAUCGAUUUUUUCUGUGAAGACAAAGAAACCAUGACGUUGGACGAAUGCUUCCAGAUAUUUAGGGAUUUCUGUACCAAGUUCAACAAAGCGGUUAAGGACAACCGGGAUCGAGAGGUACAGGAAUUGCGGCAGCUGCAGCGGCUAAAAGCCAUAGAGGAAAGGCUCCCGGGUGAGCUCGGGGGCUUUGUCCGUAGCAACAGCGAGGCGGACAUGGCACUGCUGACCAGGAAGUGCACCGAGAACCUGUCCCAGCUUUCACACCCUAGGCCCGACAGCCCCUACUUGAGGCCCCCCAACAUCCGUCGCUCCCGCCACUCAUUGGUCGUCCCUACGGACCAAGAGCUGCUGUCUUUUCUGAAAAGUGCCAACGCCACCUCCCCCUCCAGCGGCAGCCUGGAUGAGCCCAAGUUCAACACCCUCCCCUGGAGGCACCGGCGGCAGGCGAGACCUGAGGUUGCCAGUGGGCAGUCCGGGGACGCAGGGGGCCACCCCACCUUUGCACAAAGACCUCAGGCCUCCCCUGCGCCCCAGCCUACUGAGCAGCCCCCAGCCCUCCCUCGAGCACGGCACAGGGCUGGCACCCUCCAGAAGAGGAGCAGCGAACCCUCGGGGCUGGGAGCCUCUCGGACACCUUCGCUUUCAUCCUUGACCCUGGGUGUUCAGGAGCACGAGUUGGUGACAGGGCUGGCCCAGUUCAGCCUGGAGGACCCCAAGGACACACAGGAGUCAGCACGGCCACCCCAGAAUGGUGCUGGCUCCGGGCUGUCUCCGGAGCCAGGGAGCCUGCUGUCUACGAGUGCGGGCCACACGGGCGAGAUGCCCAUGUGCAGGAGUCCCCAGGAGGGUCUCCACCCAGCCCUGGAGGCCACCGCAGCAGUGCCUGGCAGUGAGGCCUCAGGGUCUAUGGGGAGCAGCUCCUCUGAACAAGGGGACCCUGCCAGUGUCUCCGACACCACUGACUGCUCACUGACCCUAGACUGCUCGGAGGGAACCAACCUUGGGGUGGGAGGCCAGGGGCCAGGGGAGGCCAGGGGUGGCUCAGCAUCCUCUGGGAGUGGGGCAGUGGGGCACAGCCUGGCCUCCCCGCAGCUGACACCCAACCCCACCAAGAGCGAGACCCCCUGCAAGGUAGGCCACACUGGGGACCGGCCCGCUGGAGGGAAGGAGGCCUCAGCCGGGUCCAAGAGAAGCCCCACCAAGGAGGCAUCGCAGGGGCCCCCAAGGGACAGGCGGGCCCCAGGUGGUGCAGAGCCCAGGCCUGUGCGGACACUGAACACGGCCGAGAGCCAGGGCCUGCGCAAGGUCGUGCCCAUCUCCAAGACUGGCCGCAGCACUAGGCCUGUGAGGCCCCCGGAACCUGCAGCCCGGGCCGCACCCCGCCGCGGCUCCCCGAAGCGGACCUCAGAAGUGGUGGCAAUCAGCACCGAGGACCCGCGCCCGGCCCGGGGGAGCGGUGGCGGCCGCCCGGGGAAAGAGGCGGCUCCGCAGCCCAGGGGCUCCCUCAGGAAGCCCAGUGCCAAGCCCCUGAGGAACGUGGCCAGGCAGCGGCCCGAGGAGAACAGGGCUGGCCCCGCUGAGCCGCGGAGCCCAGAAGAGAAGCCCCGGGUCUCACGCCCGCCCUCCAACAUGCCCAGCUUCGCCCGAAACACGCUGGCCUCCGCGUCCCGCUGUGUGCGCCCCGAGCCCGCGCACCCAGGCCUCACGCGGGCGGCCUCGCAGCGGCAGCUCCGGGCCCGGGGCCCGGAGGACUGCGCCCCCAAGGACGGCGGCGCCCUGCGGCGCACCCGCAGCGCCAGGACGACCCAGAGGAGCCCGGAGCCCUUUGAGCGCAGGGUCCGGGAGCCGGGCUCUCCCAGGCGGCGCGGCUCGGCGCGGACCACACUGGGAAGGAUGCUCGACCCCUUGUGGAAGUGAGGGACCGCCGCCUGGCACCCACACUGUGACCUCAGACUUCUGGACCAGCGCGGAAGAGGCAGCUGGUGACCAUGGUGUCGCUUACGGUUCCAGGGGCCCCUGCUGCGAAGUCAGUCCGGAUGAGUGCGCACGACUUCUGUACACCUGGACCCCAGCUUGCCUCCUUCCCGCAGAACGCAAGUCCACAAAGAUGUAAAAGAUGAUGCUCCUAUGCAACAAGUGCAAAAAAAUUUUCUGGCCAGUUUCUAUAUGUCACAGACUUGUUUUUUGAGACAGGGUCUUGCUAUGUAGCCAGUUCAGGCUGGCCUUGAACUCACUAUAUAGCCCAGGCUGG